AUGGCGAGGAACCCAGCAUCGAGAUCCCGCGGCCAUGGAAUGGCUGAUGCGGGAAAGGCUAACGACACGCCGUUCCCGACGAGGCAGAUGCUAGUAUUGGCAAUCUGCCGGAUCUGUGAACCUAUUGCUUUCAUGGGUAUCUUUCCCUACAUCUACUUCAUGGUCCAGGACUUUCACAUGACGGACGACAAGAGCAAGAUAUCGUUCUAUGCUGGCAUGAUUACUUCAGCCUUCACCUUUGCCGAAUUCUCCACUGGUGUUCUUUGGGGACGCUUGAGCGACAGGAUUGGCCGCAAACCAGUCUUGCUCACAGGCUUGAUGGGAACUGCCAUUAGUGUCUUGGUGUUUGGUUUCUCCCAGAAUCUGUACGUUGCUUUGGCAGCACGAGCCAUCGGUGGACUUCUGAACGGCAACAUGGGCGUGCUGCAGUCGACAGUAGCCGAAUUGGUCACGAAUAAGGAGCAUCAGCCUCGGGCUUACACUAUCAUGCCCGUGGUAUGGUGCGUAGGAUCGAUCGUGGGACCAAUGAUCGGAGGAGCACUGGCAAAGCCGUGUGAGACGUAUCCCAGCGUAUUCGAGCAUGGGACAGUAUGGGACAGAUAUCCCUACCUGUUGCCCAACUUGUUCAGCGCCGUGGUAUGCGUGGUUGGUGUUGUCAACGGGAUCUUGUUCUUGGAGGAGACUCACUCGGCAAAGAAGCAGUACCGAGACCGCGGCCUUGAAGUCGGAAACUGGAUUCUAUCGAAAUUUACGUUUGGAAGGGCAGCAGCAGAUACGACCCCGGAUCAACUGAAGUACGAUGAGUGGUCCGAAGCGCGACCGCUCCUCGAGGAACAGUUGCCUGGAUACCGCACUACAGACAACUCCCCUGAGAACUCGCCACGCCUGUUGACUGCGCAGUCUGCCGAGGAACCGCAGGAGUCUCUCGACUUGGACGACACUUAUCAGCCCACCUCAAAAAUCUUCACCAGACCUGUCGUGCUGAAUGUUGUUGCGUUUGGCAUCCUGGCUUUCCACACUAUGACCUUUGACUCGCUGUUUCCGGUGUUUCUGAGCACACCCCAUUCAGAGCGGCACGAUAUGGCCCUUCCAUUCAAGUUCGCUGAUGGUCUCGCACUUCCGCAGCAAACGAUCGGUGUGAUCUUGAGCGCCCAGGGCAUCUACUCGCUUCUGAUCAACAUGGCUGUGGUACCGUGGGCCAUCAAGCGCUUUGGGCCAUUGCACCUGUUCCGGUUCUUGGCGGCAACAUACUUCCUCCUGUACCUUGUAACACCAUACAUCGUUUUGCUUCCCGAUACCCUCCGAAUGGUGGGCAUUUAUGUUAUUUUGAUUUGGAAGUGUACCUUUUCCAACAUGGCGUACCCCAGCAACGCCAUCCUCACAGCGAACUCGGCCCCGAGCCAGCACGUCCUCGGCUCUAUCAAUGGGGUCGCCGCUUCUACGGCCAGUCUCUGCCGAGGUUUCGGCCCCCUCGUCUCCGGUAUGCUCUAUGCCAUUGGCCUUCAGACCGGCUACUCGGGGCUUGCCUGGUGGUGCAGCGCGCUGGUCGCCGUGGGUGGUGCCGUCGUGGCUUCACGCAUCCCGGAGCAGCGCGUGCUGAACGAGAAGAGCCGCCAGGAUGUGGAAGCGCAGGAACCUGCACAGCCGUGA